AUGAGGAAGUCAAAUAAGAACGGGUCAAAACACCUUCAGGUCCCUGCCAUGGCGGAUGAAGACGGAAAAUCCUCCACCACGGAAGUCACCAUUGAGUCCGAAGACAACGGCAGCGACACCGUGACGCUUGUCGACUUCUUCCCCGACCUGACCGUCGGUGACCUCUUUGAAGCCGACGACAACAUCACCUCGGUCGAGUCUUCCGCCGCUCCAAGCUCAGAAGUCAGCACCGACAAUCAGUCCAUCCCCAGCGCGGAUGCCGACAGCAGUGAUAUCGAACUCAAUACCUCUAGCAAGAGAGGCAGGAACAGCCGGAACCAGAAGAGGGGUAAAGGUCCAGCCACUGAGAACGAUUCCGGCAUCUCGGCGAAUACAUCUUCUGCAGAAACGAGCACAAGCGCCAAAGAAUCUGCGUCGUCCGAAGCUAGCAGCGCGGAGGCAGCCAUGGCCCAGUCGACCACAUCCGGUGAGACCACUUCGAACGAGACGAGCACGUCUGGCGACGCUUCAUCCAGCGCGCAGUUGUCGAACGCAGGCAACUGGACCCCCUCAGAGGACGCUCUCAUCAUCAGUAUGAAGGAGGGCGGCGAGAGCUGGGCCUCCAUCGGCAAUGCCAUCAAUCGAGGCAAGAACGAGGUCAAGAAACGAUGGCAUGUGGUCAAGGCCAACGCCGCGAAUUCCGAGUCCGAAGGCGACGCGCAGACUGAGUCUGAGGAAGCGACCACCCAAACCGAAUCUCUGGCCAACAACCAGGCCGACCAGAGUCCGGAUAAUCACACCAACAAGCGCCAGGAGGGGCACAAGACCGACGACAAAUUCAAGUCCAGGGCCGAACGAAAGGCUGAGAGAAAAGCUGAACAGAAGAAGAACAAAGGCCGAGCCACGUUUGAUGAUAAGACCAAAGAAUCAGAACCGCCCCAUCCCAAGCCGAGGGAACCCAGCCGGAAGACCAAGGGGCGGCAGCCCUCUGAGACGUCAGAAGCGCCUAGCACACCGAAACCCUCUUCCUCCAACUCCAUCGGCGACUCCCCCAGCUCGUCCCUCCGUAACCGCCUCGCCCUCCUCCGCGACACCACCUCGGCAUCCUCAUCCACAUCCUCCGCUACUAGCAAUGACGGUGACGGCGGCGACGAUGCCAGCGACACCCCGGCCAAUGCUACGAGCGCGAGCUCGCCCGCCAGGAGCGCUACAUCCGGCGCCACGCGCCAGCGACGCGACGAUAAGAUCCUGGCGUCCUUGGUGUCCCGACGGGAGGCGACCAAGUGGCUCGAGAUGCAGGCCAACUUCUACAACGUUACGGGCCGGAUGGUGCCGCUGCACAUGAUCAAGGCGCGCUGCGAGGCCGAGGAGGACCGCACAAAGGUCGCGGGCGUGCGGAACUGGGCCACCUCGGUGGCGGCCGGCGACGAGCUGCUGGACCCGAACGAGAGUGCCGACGUCCCCGAGGACGCCCUUGUUGGCGACGACGAAGAGUGA